UUCGCCUGUACGCUGCUUCGGGUAUCUCUUGUUGUUUCACGUUGAUUGUAAACAUCAGCUAAGUUUAGGUUUUUCGACGGUACCAUUUUUUAAAAUAUAUUUUAACUCGUUUUUAAGUGUGUAUUUUUUGAAAUGUUUAACGGUUUUUUUGCACUAAUGGAAUUAGUUACCUAACAACAAUGUCGAGCUCCUCUUCACUCACUCUCUAACCUUUACUGUGUAGCCGACCAGGACAGGUGAUAAUCCCAGUGGAUACAAUGAUUAAGUGUUUACCUGCAGAGAUUCAGGGGAAACUUCGCUCCGGGGUCGCCGUGCCCUCCCUGCAGCAGUGCGUAGAGGAGCUUAUCCUCAACAGCAUUGAUGCAGAGGCGGCCUGUGUCGGGGUCAGACUGGACAUGGAGGCUUUAAAGGUGCAGGUCAUCGAUAACGGAUCUGGGAUAAACGCUGAAGAUAUGCAGAAUCUGGGGAACAGAUAUUACACAAGCAAAUGCAGCGCCAUUGAAGACCUGGAUCACCUCAGGUGGUAUGGGUUCAGAGGAGAAGCCCUGGCAAGUCUAGUGUCUCUAGCCACCCUUGUGGAAAUCUCAUCCCGGACAAGAUCAUCAGUGAAAACUCACGUCAAACUUUUCAAGGAUGGCAAGAGCAUGGAGGUGUUCGAAGCCGAGAAUAGUCGACCCUCUGCAGGGACGACUGUUGUCAUUUGUAGCUUCUUCCACAACAUGCCAGUCCGCAGGAAGAGGAUGGAUGCUGUCCUGGAGGGUGAGAGGAUCAGACACAGAGUGGAGGCUAUUUCUCUGAUGCACCCCACGGUGUCUUUCACUUUGAAGAAUGACUGCACAGGAGCUAUGAUGGUGCAGCUUCCUAAAGCCAGAAACACCUACCACAGAUUUGUUCAGGUGCAUGGCCUCGGGCGAGCACAGAAACUUGGAGAAGUCAGCUACACGCAUGGACAGUUUGAAGUGAUUGGCUACAUAGGCAGAGAAGGCCACUACAACAACAGCUUGCAGUACUUGUAUGUUAAUGACCGACUGCUCCUGAAAACACGGCUGCACAAGCUGUUGAACUUUCUCCUGCGCAGGCUGAGCAGCUCAAGUAAGAAAAAUGACAGUCCAGAUGGGCAGUCCGCCAUAAGGAGUCCAAAGCUCAAACGAAGCCAAGAGCAGCAUGGAGUAUAUAUCAUCAAUAUUAAAUGCUCUUACUCAGAGUAUGACAUAUGUCUUGAGCCUGCCAAAACUCUAAUAGAGUUCAGCGAUUGGGAUGGCAUUUUGCUCUGCAUGGAGCAGGCGGUGAAAGCUUUCCUGAGUAAAGAGAACUUGGUGGCUGAAUUUUCUCAAGAUGACGUGGAUUAUUUAUCUCCCAAAUUGUUUGGCGCUCACACUUUAGACCAAGAGGGACAAAAAAAUAGCAAUGGCGGCCAAGAAGCUAACAGUUCUUCCACACUAGAUUGCAGUGUUGGGAUGAAACUGGUAUCUGAUUCUGUUCAUCGUAAGCACAAAGAUGAAAGUGUAUCCGAAGACACUGUUUGCCAGGAGUCUGGUACGACGGAGGGAAAAGAAGAGACUGAGCAAAUAGGGCAGCAAAGGGUCACUGCAGAUGGGCUGGAAAGGGAAAAAGGUGAAGGGAACAAAGAGUGUGGUGGUGAUCCGGACAGAGUGGAACCUGAAUCUUAUAGAAACAUUACUGAAGAAGUGGAGCUGACGGUUAGUGAGGCUGGAGAAGACCCUCAAAAUGUAUGUAUGUCUAAUCGGAUCGGACAACCAGAAAGUGAAAUAUGUGGCAGAGAGAUACAAUUAAAGAAUACUACCUCAGUCAACAAUCUGACUUUACAACAUAACAUCACUCAACAAAUUCAGCCUGGUUUAAACAGAAUUGAGCGACUAUUACCUGACUUCCAGGUUAAAGGACAGUCUAUUAAAAGCAACAAAAAGAUAAGUGUAAGUGAUCCUUACAUUCAUGAAAGUCUACAGACUCAGGGUUCAUCCCAAAAGUACGCACUCCUGUUUCAGCAGCAGAGUUUAGAGAGAAAAUGUGAAGCUAGAGCCUUUGUAUCAAAACACAAAAUCUCACUGGAUGCAGACGAUGACCAAUCUUGUCAGAAACGAUGCGGAGACUUUGUUCCUAUUAUUCCCUCCAAGAUUCCCAGGAUUGGUUCUAGUCACAAGUUAUCUUUAUGUAAGGAGUCUGGAUCUCUUGAGAAGUUUAGAAGAGAGUAUUGUAAAUCUGCCGAACCGAAAUUACCUUCUCUAGAGACUCGGCAAGAGAAUAAUGCUGGACCUCCAGAGACAAACAGCUUUGCUCCAAAUUCCAAGAAUUUCUAUGUUUGCCAGAAAGAACAGCAAGAUGGUGACGUUAGGAAAAAAAAAGAAGAAACGGGAAGUCCAGCAGCCCUUUCAGUUUUCACCAAGUUAAAACCAGUCUCAGGCGAGAAUGAAACCAAGAAAACGUUGGCAACCAAACUCUGCCAAUUGAAACGACACAGAAAAGACAAUUCAAAUGCAUCUCCAAAACUGUCCAAGACCGCCUCACAGGACAGUAAUGACGUCACCGAAGACCGCAAUGACAAUGAAAAUCCCUGGUGCUCUGCACUGGACCCUGAGCCAGGUUGCAGUACAAAUCCCCUGCUAGCUGAGAGAGAAAAGGCCACAACAUCUGGAGACUGGCUUCAUCACUAUGAUAAGUCCGUGGGAAAGAUGGUUUACGUGAACAAAGUGACCGGGCUCAGCCGAUACACGGACCCACAUACUGAAGAAACACAAGUGCGCUGUACAUCUGAUGUCACCAAUAUGGCAGUUAGUGUGAUCUCUGAAAUGGGGAUGGAGCACAGGUGUUACCCGUUUCAGGUGGAUCUAGUGUUGCCCUUCCUCCCUAAAUCCAGGAGAGAGAGAGUGAUUAGUUCAGGGCUUGAUGACAGAGAAGACAGUGCAGAAAACUCACUCACCUCACUGUACUCGAAAUGGAAUAAUCCUGUGUUCAUCCGCCCUCCUAUGGUUGGUGUGGACAUAUCCAGCAGGCAAGCUGAUGGACUAGCUGUUAAAGUCCACAACAUCCUGUUUCCCUACCGUUUUUCAAAGGACAUGAUUCUCUCAAUGAAGGUUAUUCAUCAAGUGGAUAAGAAGUUUCUUGCCUGUCUUAUCAACACGCAAGAAACCAAGAGAGAAGAAGAGCCAUUAACACUUACUGAAAUGAAAGGAAACCUUCUGGUGCUGGUGGAUCAACAUGCUGCACACGAGAGGGUUCGUCUUGAAAAUCUAGUUGCAGAUUCAUAUGAAGAUGAUCCAGAUGCACCAGGACAGAGACGUCUGUGUUCAUCGACCAUUUUUCCACCUCUUGAGAUGAGUGUUACAGAGGAGGAGCUAAGGCUUCUCAGGUCUUGGCAGCCCAAUUUGCGGAGUUUGGGCCUGGAAGUGACGUUCUCCGGGGCAGUAGCGCCACACGUUUUUGUUGGGAAAGUACCUCUGUGCUUCAUGGAAAAGGAGAGUAAUGAGCUCAGGCGAGGGAGACCUUCUGUAAUCAAGCCUAUUGUGGAGGAGUAUCUUCGAGAGCAGAUAGAGUUACUUUGCACAACAGGAAGAGUAAAAGGGACCCUGCCUCUGACUGUGCUGAAGGUGCUAGCCUCCAUAGCAUGCCAUGGUGCCAUCAAGUUCAAUGACAGCCUGAGCAGAGAUGAAUGCUGCAGCUUGGUGGCGUCCUUGUCCUCAUGCCAGCUGCCCUUCCAGUGUGCCCAUGGUCGUCCAUCCAUUGCUCCGUUAGUAGACAUCCUACAUUUGGACAAAGACCAGAAGGAGUUGCAGAAACCCAACCUCGGAAGGCUGAAAAGACUAUAUAAGGCAUGGAAACUAUAUGGAGAUAGAUAAGUGGGUAUACAUUUUAAAUGAAAUAUGCAGUUUUUAUGAAUUGUGACAUUAAAUGGCUCAAAUGGUUGAAAACUUCAAACAAAGCCCUAAAGUCUUAGUGUAAAAAAUGUUGUGUGCUAAUAAAGCAACCGCAAAUUCAAAGUAAGACGGAGUGAUCUUCAUAACCAGAAAUGAGUAACACCUUGUGUUGUAAGCUCAUAAAAACAAGACUUCAACAAGUA